GGAAGUGGCCGCAGGAGCUGGAGGCAGUGGCUGGGGGUCCCUGCAGUGCAUGCAGCCAGUAAAACCCGUGUGUGUUCAGCAUGAUCCAAAACUGCAGUCCGGUGGUCCAGGCGCUGCUCGGGACUUUAUUUACCUGGGGGCUGACAGCUGCUGGCUCUGCGCUAGUCUUUGUAUUUUCCAGUGGCCAGAGGCGGAUCCUAGAUGGAAGCCUGGGCUUUGCUGCUGGGGUCAUGUUAGCUGCUUCUUACUGGUCCCUCCUGGCUCCUGCCAUCGAAUUGGCUGAAGAUUCUGGGGAUUUCGGGGCUUUUGCAUUCUUCCCGGUAGCUGUUGGCUUCACCCUGGGAGCAGCUUUUGUCUACUUGGCUGACCUCCUCCUCCCGUUGCUGGGCAUCAGUGAACCUCCCCACGCCGCCUUGUCUAGGAGCUACGAUCCGAGAGCGGUGAAAGAGAAGUAUGACCCCGAGCCGACUUAUCACCAGGACUACGGGAAUGAGCUCUCCAUCCGGAUAGGUAGAACCGGGCUUCAUUCAGACAGAGGUGAAAACGGGGAGCCCUAUCAGAGACGGAAAGGCGCGGGAGCCAGCCAGUCAGAAGUCCCAUCUGCAUCUCAGACUUCUGGAGACAGCGCGUUGGCCCCAGGAAGUAGCAGUUGGCGGCGAAUUAUGCUGCUCAUUCUAGCUGUAACGAUACAUAACAUUCCAGAGGGUCUAGCUGUUGGAGUUGGAUUUGGGGCUAUUGGGAAGUCAGCAUCUGCAACUUUUGAAAGUGCCAGGAAUUUAGCAGUUGGGAUUGGAAUUCAGAAUUUCCCAGAAGGCCUUGCUGUCAGCCUUCCUUUGCGUGGGGCUGGAUUUUCAACAUGGAGAGCAUUUUGGUACGGACAGCUAAGUGGCAUGGUGGAACCUUUAGCUGGUGUCUUCGGUGCCUUUGCCAUGGUGCUGGCAGAACCGCUCCUCCCCUAUGCUUUGGGCUUUGCUGCCGGUGCUAUGGUCUAUGUGGUCAUGGAUGACAUCAUCCCAGAAGCACAAACCAGUGGCAAUGGGAAGCUGGCUUCCUGGACCUCGAUCUUAGGGUUUGUGGUGAUGAUGUCCCUGGAUGUUGGACUUGGAUAA